AUGGACGAAGCAAAGAAGACCAGUGAAAUCCUAAAAGGAAUUAAGAACAAGCACCGCAGACAAAAGGUGUUUGCUGCUAUCCAGGCAGAAAAAUCCAAAGAGAAGCACAAACUCCGUGCCGCCAGAGCCAAAGAGGAGAGAGAAAACCCACAACUCAAAGAGGAAAGACUUGCCAACAAUGUGCCUGAAACGUUGGAGACGAAAAGAGUUUUCGAUGAGACCAUUGCUACCGAGAUCGAGGGCGAAGACGAGUUUUUUGAGCUCUUCAACAAGUCACAAAGAGACCCAAAAGUGCUUAUCACCACCAGUCCGAACGCCAGGAAGUGUGCCUAUGAAUUUGCAGACAUUCUCAUGGAGUUUGUUCCUAACGUAACAUUCGUCAAGAGAAAGAGAGAGUAUCAGAUGAAGGAGAUGGCCCAGUACUGUAACAACAGAGAGUUCACGGACCUCAUUGUCAUCAACGAAGACAAAAAGAAGGUCAACGGUCUAACAUUCAUUCAUCUACCUGAGGGUCCAACAUACUACUUUUCUGUUACGUCUCUUACUACCACUGAACGUAUUAAAGGGCACGGAAGAGCUACGCUGCACACACCAGAACUUAUACUCAACAACUUCAACACACGUUUGGGUAAGACUGUUGGAAGACUCUUCCAGGCCAUAUUCCCAGCACAGCCCGAGGUUGAGGGUCGUCAGGUGAUCACCUUGCACAACCAGAGAGACUAUAUCUUUUUCCGGAGACACAGAUAUGUUUUCCGAGACGAGAAGAAGGUGGGCUUGCAGGAGUUGGGGCCCCAGUUCACUUUGAAGUUGAGAAGACUACAGAAGGGUAUAAAGGACGAGAUUGAGUGGGAGUUCAAGGCCGACAUGGAGAGAGACAAGCGGAAGUUCUACCUUUAG